AAGUGAGAGAGCUGUUGUCAUGGACCUCUACGAAACUCUCCGACAGAUAACGCCGUUUUUUUCGGAAACAUUAUGCGUGUGCCAUGUGUUCGUACUUGCACCUCUUGUUUAUAUUUUAUUAGCAGUUGUUAAAUUAAUGAUAAAGAGGAGGAGAGGGAUGCGAAUACUUGAGCCGUUUCCUGGACCACCUGCACACUGGCUCUUGGGACAUGUUAAAGAGUUUCGCCAGGAUGGAAAAGAUUUGGCAAAGAUUGUCAGGUGGGGUGAGCAGUAUCCCAUUGCCUUUCCACUGUGGUUUGGCCCGUCAGUCUCCUUUCUGAAUAUCCAUCACCCAUCUUAUGUGAAGACAAUUCUUGCAUCAACAGAACCAAAAGAUGAUGUUGCAUAUACAUUUCUUGUCCCUUGGAUAGGGGAGGGCUUACUUGUGUCUAUUGGACAGAAAUGGUUUCGCCAUAGAAGACUCCUCACUCCUGGUUUCCAUUAUGAUGUUUUGAAGCCUUAUGUGAAACUUAUUGCUGAUUCAACCAAAAUUAUGCUUGAUAAGUGGGAAGUUCAUGCUAAAUCAGAGGAGUCAUUUGAACUGUUUCAGCAUGUGAGUCUCAUGACUCUGGACAGCAUCAUGAAAUGUGCAUUCAGCUGUAGCAGUAACUGCCAGACAGAGAGUGGAAGCAACCCAUACAUCCAGGCAGUGUAUGAGCUGUGUCACCUGGUGAACCUCAGGUUCCGCGUCUUCCCGUAUCACAGCAAGGCCAUAUUUCAUCUCAGUCCACAUGGAUACAGAUUCAGGAAGGCAUCUAAAAUAGCACACAAUCAUACAGAGGAAGUUAUCAGAAAGAGGAAGGAAGUCUUGAAGAUUGAGAGGGAACAGGGCAUCUUUAAAAACAAACGAUAUUUGGACUUUUUGGAUAUUCUUCUGUCUGCCCGAGAUGAGCAGAAACAGGGGUUGUCUGAUGAGGACAUCAGGGCUGAGGUGGACACAUUCAUGUUUGAAGGUCAUGACACUACAGCCAGUGGCAUAUCGUGGAUCUUUUACAGUCUGGCCUGCAACCCCGAUCACCAGCAGAGAUGCCGGGAGGAGAUCCUGCAAGCUCUGGAGGGCAAAGACAGCAUAGAGUGGGAGGACCUCAAUAAAAUUCCAUACACAACAAUGUGUAUUAAAGAAUCCCUGCGUCUUUACCCUCCUGUGCCAGGAAUGUCACGAAAGUUGACAAAACCCAUGACUUUCUAUGAUGGAAGGACUUUACCUGAAGGUUGUCUGAUUGGAGUCAGCGUUUAUGGAAUCCACAUGAAUUCCACAGUGUGGGAGAAUCCAUAUGUAUUCAACCCAUUGCGAUUUCUGCCUGAAAACUCUGCUAACAGGUCACCGCAUGCCUUUGUGCCCUUCUCUGCUGGACCCAGAAACUGCAUUGGACAGAACUUUGCCAUGAAUGAAAUGAAAGUAGCGGUGGUGCUGACACUGAAGAGAUAUCACCUCAUUAAAGACCCGAAUCACACCCCAAAGAUGGUGCCUCAAAUAGUGCUCAGAUCCCUCAAUGGAAUUUACCUCAAGAUCAAACCUGUAGAAACUGAGUCAUGAAAAGCCAGCUGUUUUAAAACAGUAAUUUUACAACAGUGACUUUUAUAUUUGUUGUUAUCUGAAAGUCACUAGAAUGAACUGUGCCCACUGAUAGUGUAGUUUAUUUUAAAGUGCUAUCUGUGUUGUUUAUAUUGCCCAAAAUUACUUUUUGAUGAUAAGGUCUCCAAUAUGGAAAGAAAUUGAAAAAUUCUGUGGAUCUGUAACUAAUGGAAAAGAAGAUGAAAGUUGUUAAAUAUUAAUUAGUCAGUUUAACAGCACUAAAGAACACCGUAAAUGAAAAUCUGUUUUAUUGUGGUCCCAAAGUUUAUAAUGAAAGGGGGAAAACAAUACUGAAUGUUAAUGGAGUAACUUUUUUUAAAUAAAUUCAAAAAAUUACUUGAAAAUUAUUUAAGCUCCCCAUGUCUUUACACCACAUAUGGCAUUCACUUAAAUUUUCACGUUCUGACAUAAGACUUCAUUGCAUCAGUUGUAAAAAUAAGUGAACCUUAAAGGGAUAGUUCACCCAAAAAUGAAAAUUCUCUCAUCGUUUACUCACCCUCAUGCCAUCCCAGAUGUGUGUAUUCUUUCUUCAGCAGAACACAAAUGAAGAUUUUUAGAAUAAUAUUUCAGAUCUGUAGAUCCUUUCUAUGUAAUUGAAUGAGAAGCAGUGAGAAACAGAUCAAUAUUUAAGUCCUUUUUUACUAUAAAUCUCAUCUUUCACUUUUCUAAGGUCUCUUCUCAAGAGUUCUUUUUGGUGAUUCAUAUUCUUCAUGCAUAUCGCCACCUACUGGGCAGGGAGGAGAAUUCUUUGUAAAAAGUUACUUAAAUAUUGCUCUGUUUCUUACACACACCUAUCAUAUCACUUCUGAAGACAUGGAUUUAACCACUGGAGUCUUAUGGAUUACUUUUAUGCUGCCUUUAUGUACGUUUUGGAGAUUCAAAUAUCUGGUCACCAUUCACUUGCACUGAAUGGACCUACAGAACUAAGAUAUCCUUCUAAAAAUCUUUGUUUGUGUUUUUCUGAAGAAAGAAAGUCAUACACAUCUGGGAUGGCAUGAGGGUAAGUGAUGAGAGAAUUUUCAUUUUUGGGUGAACUGUUCCUUUAAUGUCAAUUUUAUUUUAAAGUCUACCUAGGUAAAUAAUAAGACUAUAAAACUGUAACUGUACAUAAAUAUUUCAAGAUGUACAGACUCACAAUUCAAAUUGUCAGUGCUUUGUAUUUUAGAUGUGAGGAAAUGCUCAGGAGACAGUGAAGGUUGAAUGGUUGCAUUUACAUUUUUACAUGCCAUUUAAGAAAAGUGCCAUUUAUCAACAAUCAUUUAUAAAAAAAAAUAUAUAUAUUUUUCUUUUACUUGGAAUGUAAAUGUUAUGGACAGCGGCUAUAUGGUUACUGUCUCUUUAAGAGGGAUUCUGCACAUGAUACAAUAUUGAAGGCACUCUGCGCAAUUUGUUUUGUUGAGUUUAACCUUUUGAGAGUUGUAAAGUCACAUUAUUUUUGUACCAUGUCGUGCAGUUGCAUCUGUAUUCAUUUACUUUAAGUAUUCUUUUAUUUUGUGACAAUAAUCAAUAUUGUUGUCAUUCUGCAAUGCCAGGAAUGAGGAUUUCAGAGAUUAACAGAUUGAAAUUGUGAGACUACAGUCAGUAAAUUUGUGAUUAUCUUGUACCUGAAGCACGUUCAUCUAUUCAACUAAUAGUAUUUGUUCUCGCUGGAUCUCCUGUGAUUCUAACCCCACUGUCAAGCAGAGUGCCGAAAUCAGUGACCUAUCGAAAUCUGUGACUAGAUAGAAUUGUUUCAUAUUAACAUACAAAUGGAAAGAGAUUUACAGUUAGAAAGUUGGUUCACAAAUAAAUUGAAUGAGAUCCACAAAUAAAAAGAUUAUUUACCAAAAACAUUGUUGAACUCUCAAACACAACUCUGUCCAGCAUUCAUUUGUGAAUCGCACACAUUUAUUUGUGGAUCGCUUCCUGUGCAUUUGUGGAUCGCUACACGCAUUUGUCAAUUUUGAAACAAAUCUAGCGUCAAGACUUUCACACAAAUCAACAAAUAGGCGGACUCCAUCCAUCGUCUACUCAAGCCAAUCAGAUAACAACCACAUUACUCGGACCAAUCACGCUUCGUUUUACUAUCAGGGCGGGACCAUAGUCACAGCUCUCAUGAGCAUGGAAUCAAGCACAUUUUCUCUCAGUUAUAAACGUGUAGUGUCUUGUUAAAUGUCGACAGCUGAAAAUUGCCCAUUUGCUCGUGAUCAUUAGCUUUAUAGCUAACCUGGCUGACUGUACGAGUCUGCUAUUUUAAUUUUAACCAAGUUUCUUGACUGAAAUGUGUCAUCAAAACCUUUACUCUUAAUGUUACAUGGCAGAUCCAAACAAACACACUUCUAGACACAACAAAAGAUCAGUAGUACAGAUAGUGUCUUUAUAAAACAUUAAUCAUAUUAGAUGAUCUUUGGAACACAAACCAUAAAUUAAUGAGCUCUGCCAUGCCAAUAAUUUGGUUUCACAUUAUGUUAAUGUAUUUAAUAAAAGUAGUUGUAAGGUAAUAUUUUUUACCUUAUACAUUUGAGUACAUUUGAGCACUUUUGUGUGAUUGUUUUAGGAGGUACUAUUACGGGGUCCCUUUCUAAAAUACAGCAUCAUGUUCUGACAGUGAUAAUUGAUUCAUUGAUUAUUGCCAUCUUUUUCAGAUAUUUCCCCUGUGUACUGCCCAUCAACUUUUAAGCACUUGACUCACCUGCUCCAAUACAGGACCUUUUAAAAUGUGUAAUAUGAGAUUGUUUAUUUUUCUGUUAUGUCAGAUUUCUUUUAAGUUACAAUUCUGUGUCUUGAAAUGAAAGUGUAAUACAAAAUUUAAAUAAACUGUAA